AUGGGUCUGUGCAAGUGUCCUAAGAGGAAGGUGACCAACCUGUUCUGCUUUGAACAUCGGGUGAAUGUUUGUGAGCAUUGCCUGGUCUCCAACCACAACAAGGUCAGUGGAUGGACAGCUCUAAAUAUUCAAUGUAUCAUGUCAUGUGAAAUUAAAUAUAGACCAUAUAGGUCGUUAUCAAUAAAACGUCACAAUAUGGUGCAGAACGUUCGAUUUGGCUGCUGGGAGGCAAGGAGACUUCCAGCUCCGCUAAAACCAUUGACAACUAUGUCCCGUUUUCAAGGGAUUGUUAAAUAAACGAUUUAGUUUUCAUAUCAUCACCUCUUGAAGAGCAUAGUCAGAACAACACAUUUCCGAUUAUUCCACAUGUAACUCUAUCAUCAGAGUAAUACAGCAAGUAACUGCAUGCUUUUCAUGAUCAUUAAAAAUCAAUUGAUCAUGUAAUUUCAGAUAAGUGAGGGUAGCCAAUCCGAUUGGCAUGUAGCUAGCUAGCCCUUAAUCAUGACUCUCCGUUCCAUUACAUUACACAAGUCAUUGAACGAAGGCGUCUUCUAUACGGGGGAGUUUUGCUAAGAUACCCGACACUCGUCCUGAACAUUACUUUGCAUCACUUGCGGUACAGUUUUGGAAACAUAAGGAACUUAUCUUUCAUAUCAGGUUAAAUUGAUAAACACCUUUUUAUAGGGUUAGUGUUCCCACACGGCCAUAUCUCCAUGUUACAGCGCAUGUUUACGGAAGAGGGACCUCAUGUGCUACCUAGCAUGCUCCGAACACCUGUGUGUAACGGAGGAAUGCCACCAGAAACGUGUUAUCACUGAAAGGUAUUGUUGGCUGCAACUCUGUUAAAACUGUGUAUAUUUUGCAUUUGUGAUGUUAUUUUGAUGUGACAUGAAAGUAAAGGGCUUUAUGUUUCUAGAACCUUAUCGCAAUUGAGAAUCGAUUCACGUGUAGAUGGGAGAAUUUGGCUGUUUUGGCUGCCUGAGCCAGUCCACCUCUGAAAAUAACAUAAGAUCCUUGGACCUUAACGAGUAACGGUAGGCUCCUUAAGAGUACAUAUUGGGCUAGUAGCUAGCUAGCUAAGCAAACAACGUGUCAUUUAGCUUGCUUCAUCAGAGAUUAUCCGUUUAGGAAAGAGUUUGACAUCGGCAAGUCCUUGUCCUGGUGAUGUUGUCAGUCGGACUAAUGUCAUCACCACUAUAGAUGGCGGGCAAAUCUAACAAUAUUUGCAUAUAGCCAUCUAAGUUAGCUUAUGUUGACGUGAUCUGUUAUUAGCUAGCUAGUUAAUUUGACGUGGUCCAUUAAUCAAUGUAGCCUAUCAUGUCUGUCAGCAGCAAUCGUUAUUAAACGCUCUUAAAAACAAUGUUAAAAAAAGGGAUAAUGUUAGCUAACAUUGCUAGAUAGGUCUAGCUACGUUGGUUGAAUAAAAAAGUACGUUAGCUAGGUCUACUUACCACUAUGUUUAGCCAACUGUACAAAGUUUAUACUGGUAGCUUGCAUAGUUAACAUUAUCAGCUAACAGUACAUCGUAAAUGCGCCCUUCUGCUGCCUGACAGGCAGAGCCCUCAAAGGAUGGGAAAUUAACCUAAAGAAACACUCAUACUUGUCAGGUAUAGUUCACUUUUAUUUUAUAUCCCUCAAAUAUCCAAUUCAUGGUGGCCAAUAUUGAGAGAUAUCUUGAGGCUACCUCACAUAUCUGAAAAUACAUGAUACAAUUAUGUUUACUGAAAAGCAUGUGGUUACUUGCUGUAUAACUCUGAUGAUAGAGCUAAAUGUGCGCAAUUGUUUUGCAUUGAAUAAUCUGACAUUUGUAGUUCUGAUUAUGCUCUUCAAGAGGUGAUGAUAUUACAACCAAACAGUUAAGAUUUAUUUAACAAUCCCUUAAACGGCAUUGCGUCGGUGAUGGAGGUACAGGCAGGAGGUGCCAGCCGACAGAACCAUGUGCAAAACGGCGUGCUGAAGGCCGGAUUAGUAACGGUUCCCUGUGGCUAUAUUGUCUCAGAUUACCUCCGACAUGAGGACAGAAUCAGUGGGCAACAGGUAAAGUAAGUCCGGAUGAAGUGUAUUCAACAUUCUGACUUGUGAUGGGACAAUUCAGAAAUGUUGAGCCUACAUGUUAGAGAUGAGUGUACUUCUUACACUCUCAGAUUCUAAAAGGGACUAAUAGUAGCUGUGUUUGCCACUAAACUAAGAAGUAUUUUCUCUCCCUUCUGAUCACCAGUGUAUAGUGCAGUCCUAUCUCCAGUGGCUUCAGGAUAGUGAUUACAACCCUAACUGUCGACUGUGUAAUAACCCACUGAUCUCCCAGGAUACUGUCAGAUUGGUCUGCUAUGGUAAGAUUGUCAACAUCUUGGAUUUGUUAUCCUUUGUGCUCUUAUUGAAUUUGGUAUAGUCGUGUUCUUUUUUGAAAGGAACUCUCUCCAUAUUAUUGUUGUUGCUUGAUAUUUCUGCUCUGUGGAAUUUGCACAAACCCACCUGAUUCAUUGCCCUUUCUCUGUAUCCAAGAUGUAUUUCACUGGUCCUGUCUUCAUGACCUGGCAGCCCGGUUGCCCCUACACACUGCUCCUGCGGGAUACCAGUGCCCCAACUGCCAGGGUCCGGUGUUUCCCCCCUCCAACCUGGCCAGCCCAAUAGCUGACAUGCUGAGGGAACAGCUGUCCUUAGUCAAUUGGGCAAGAGCUGGACUAGGCCUACCUCUGGUGAGGAAUAGGGUUGGGCUGGGUCACACUAGCAGUUAGAGAAAUUGAAUAGUGAUGUGACAGGGAUAUACUGGUUGAAAUGCUGGGUAUCGACAUUAAAUUGUGUAUGAUAUUAGUGUAAAAUAUUUUAGAGCUUACAUUAGAAUGAAUGUUUUAGGAGCCAUAAAUCAAAUGUUUCAUUUACUCAAGAAGGCACCUAUUAUGAAAUUAGUAUUCUGUGACAAUUCAACUCUAACAUGUACAUACUCUCUCCACUGCAAGAUUGAAGAACCUGUAGAAGCUAUUCAAGACAGCAAACAGGAUGUCACUGAUUAUGCUGACUGGUCCACGUUUGAUGGUGAGUCAUUGUCUCCGGUCCCGUUACUGCCUUGUUGGUCUACAAUAACGGGAGCCUGUAUUGCAGCUGAAGGCAUCAUGACAUAAUGCUAAGCUAAAUGUUCGAUUUGUUUGUUAGAAUCAGAAAGGUUACUGUAACAUUUACCUUCUCCCCCACUGUGCUAGCCCCAGCAUUGGAGACCACUGAAGCUUACCCCACUCACUCCUAUACCCCCAGCCCUAGCCCUGCCCCAACUCUAGUUCCACCUCCAGUACAGGAAGAUCAUGGACAUCUCCACAACAACGGGGCGAUGGUGGCAGAGGAACAACACUCUGGGGUCAACAUGAUCACUGCAACCACCAGUGACACCAUCACCCUACACACAGGUAAAGGACUAUGAAUGCUACUCUGGUUUGCAGGAACUAUACUUAUCCUAACUUGGUCCUCUGUAGCUGUGGUCCUCUGUAGCUCAGCUGGUAGAGCACAGGGCUUGUAACGCCAAGGUAGUGGGUUCGAUCCCCGGGACCACCCAUACACACAAAAUGUAUGCAUGACUGUAAGUCGCUUUGGAUAAAAGCGUCUGCUAAAUGGCAUAUUAUUAUUAUCAUAUUAUAACUUUUACUAACCACACAGUGUUGUCAUGCCUUACAGGCUAGUCCAAACCUAAGCCUCAACUCUAAUCUUAGUUCCUGUCAUUUUUUAUAACACACCUGAUAUUCCUCAUGUAGAUGCAUGCGUAUAAUGUAUGCUGUAUCCUCAUAUUUGGUUAUUCAUUUGAUGUUUAUUUUUGCUUCCAGCAUCAACCCCAAGGAAAGUCUAUGACACACGGGACUCUGGUCCCAGCUCUGGUCACAGCUCUGGUCCCAGCUCUGGUUACAGCUCUGGACACAGCUCUGUGACACAGAUCGACUUUGACGACGACAAGUACCGGCGACGACCAGCACUCAGCUGGUUUGCACAGAUUCUCAAGUCAGUAAUUUUAGUGUGUUAUAAUGUUAUUUAAAGUCGGUGCUCUUCAUUUUGUUAUUGCACAGCAAGUACACCUUUCUUAGCAAACCACAGUACAUAUGGACAACAGUACUUAAAGGAGAAGUUUUAUUUUUACAACCAAAUCUAUAUAUUUUUUAAAAAAUGUAAAUGGUAUGUUAUAGCAGGGUCCAGACACCAUUUUUGUGAUUUCACUUGUUUUCAAGAAACUUACCCCAAACAACAAUUAUUUUUCUCAUCCUCGUUGUGUAGUUUGGGGGCCCUGAAACAACCUGAACAAAGGCUCCAAAAACACCCAAAUAUGUCCUUUUAGAAACGAGAAAGCUCUCAGUAUAGUGAUGCAGGUCUUUGGAUGUUGCACACAUGAAAUUGUGUCAUUCCGAACAUUAUCCGCAACGUUGUAUUCCCUUUUGUGCGACUCGAGCCGUUUCCCCUAUCCAGCUGCCAAAAUAAAGGAAACACCAACAUAAAGUGGCUAAAUAGGGCGUUGGACCACUAGGAGCCACCAGAACAGCUUCAAUGCACCUUGGCAUAGAUUCUAGAAGUGUCUGGAACUUCCUGUGUAGAAUCAACCCAUGCUUUCAAUAUACUGUACUUUUUAUCUCUCAUUUACUCAAGUCUUUAUUUUAUUCUUUAUUUUGGCAGUUACCUGUAGAAUGGACUGAGAGGGUCGCAACAAAACUGAAUAUAACGUUGCGGAUAAACUCUGUUGAAGAUAUAAAUGAAUUUGUGUUCACAGAAAUCGGACGGGUUCAAAGAGGACAGGCCUGUCCUGGAAGCAGAGGGUCUUCAUGCUCCUUCUGGUUGGAGUGCUGGGAUUCUUUACCUUGAUUAUCAUUAUGGCUAAACUGGGCCGUGCUUCAGCCGACUCUGACCCCAACUUAGACCCCCUACUAAACCCCAACAUCCGAGUGGGCAAAAACUGA